AUGGGCAACGGAGACACCAACCGCAAGGACAUUUCGACCCAGAAGGACUGGCCUGAUGAUGAAAACAACCCGUUCGUCGCCUUCCGGCGCUAUGCCGACGAGCAGGUCUCCACCAUGCUUCAAUCUAUCACGGGCCUCCCUUCGAUGAUGACACAACCUCAAAAUGGUAACUGGGGCAUAUUUGCAGAUGAUCAUAGUUAUGCAAGUCGGAUGGCUCAUCAACGAACCGGUGAUAAUACGGGCAGUGCCGGUUAUCCAACAGACCGAGACAAUGGAAGUGGUUAUUCGGGCAACAGAGAUGGAGAUGAUCCGCGCAACUAUGGAAGGCAUUCACGACCACGCUGGCCCGAGAAUGAUGAUCCGAAAAACUCUCAAUCGUGGGGAAAUUGGGGUAAUGGAUCAUCCGACUUUUUUGGCCUCGAUUCCUGGCUUGAGGACCAUUUCUUCCCGUUUGCAUCGCAACUUCUACACUCUGGCCACAAUCUCCUCGUCCGGGAUAUGUUUGAGGACACCGACUCGCCAACAUGGCCGAUCGCGUAUAUCAUGUUCAGCCCGUACUCGCCUCUCCAUCUAGAACGCCAAGCACAAUAUCGAGCGCACCCUGAAAGGGGCGUUUUCUCAUCUAUCAUGUCAACUUUGCAUCUCAACUCCGAACGCGACACCUCCGAACCACAGUGGCGAGAAGCCUUCGAGGAUUUACUUCGACUCGAGAACGAUAUGCCGAUGCUUGAUCGCAAUGCCUCCGUCACGAGAUCCGAGUCCGGAAAGGACUGGCUAAAAGGGCUUGUGAAAAGAGGUAGCUUGGGAGAUAAGUGGAAGUAUGUGAAUGGCAGAGAUAGCCAGCCUUGGUCAGGCAUUACGUUCUCUGGCCUUGCAGGCCCACAGCAGGACCGCCCUCGGUCUCGGUCUCUACCCGAGAAAGCGAACGAAUCUGUAGAUACAAAGGAGGCCGAGAGCGAGCUGGAGCUGUAUGAGCGCUUCUUGCAUGAUAUCGAAAACCGCGAACGUGAAUUCUUCCGCGGUGUCUCUGAAAGCCCUCUUCUGCGUCUCCUCCUCGAUGAACGACGGCAGCAACAGGACGAACUUGAGAGAUAUAGACGCAGCCCUCCAAAGGCCAAGGAUGAGCACAGCCGUGAUGACAAUGAGAAUUGGAUCGAUCUUGUGUCUGGUGGAAACAGAAAAUCAGUUCCUGAAACACCCAAGGAUUCGCCGACCGAGAUUGAGAUAAAGCCAAUUGAAGCUGUCUCGGAAUCAGCGCAGCCUCGCAUAAUCUCCACUAUGACUCGAACAGAACGCGUGCGGCUCCCAGAUGGCUCUGUUGAGAGCAAGACUGUCAAUACAAGACGUUUCGCAGAUGGCCGAGAGGAAAGUGACGAGUCUGUUGAGGUGUCUCAUCCCCAGGAAGGUUUCAAAUCAGAGUCUGACACAUCGAAGAACUCGAAGAGUGGUUGGUUCUGGAAAGACUAG